CUCAACGUAAAUCAGCUACAUACAUCCUGGCUCGAAAUUUCACUCUCUAAAUCUGGUCCCGGUGUUGUUACAUUUACGUCCCCUCAGGUCCAUCCUCUCCCCGGCCGCCAACUCGAUUCAAUGGCCGAAGAUGUCUCCAACGCCAGCGCCAUCGGGUCCGCGUUCGGUGCCGUCAUGCUCAUUGGGUUCUUCGUCUACCUAUUCCGCCGAUAUCAGAAAAAGAAGCUUCUCGCCGCCGCACAGGGCGCGAAGGACGCACUGCAGAAUGCCGAAGAAGGUCGUCCUAUGAACGGCGAUAAGGUGGAACUCAUCGCCACUCAGACAGAUUCUUCCACGAUAAAUCAACCACGGCUGAUGGGGACGCUGUCUACGAGACCGUCAUUGAGGUUUCAGCCUGCCACGGCCGAAUUGCAGGCGCACGUUCAAGAACCGGUCGAACUAGAAGGCUGCUCCGCGAACCACGAGCUGGACACUCGAUCGCAACGAAGCGAAUUAGCGGGUGCUGGCACCCCUCAAUCUGAACGCGACAAUAUGACUUGGGAGACUGGCUCCAUCCAACAGACACCAAGGCCGUACGUGGUGUCGCCCGCGACAUUAGAAGGAACAAUGUUAUCAAACGUAUACCCACCGUCGAGCAUCUCCACUCCCGCACCUGCGUACUCGCCGGCGAGUAUUUACCCCGCGUCUAGCUUAUAUGCCUCAAGCGGGAGUCUGAGGUCUAAGAUGGACGAUGAGGAAGGAAAUCGCCGGUUACAACUGCUGGUCCGGCAAAGGGAGCUACAGCGCGAGGCAGAGGUUCUGAGGAUGUUACACAGUAUCGAGGAGGAAGAGAGGAGGAUCAGGGCGGAACUUAAGGGAUUGGAUGGGGAUGCGAAGUCUCCUGUUUAG